GAAUAAGCUAUUCUAAAUUCCUGACAAACGACGAACGAAACUGCCAGAUGAAAAAAUGAUAAAGGCAAAGAUUCUAGUUGUCGGACCGUGUGAGAGUGGGAAGUCAGUUAUUUCCAACUUCUUGGCAGAUGCAACAGAGACUUCUGGUGGAGAGUAUCAUCCCACUCAAGGUGUUCGGAUUCUGGAGUUUGAGAGUAACAGUAAUCAAAUUGGAGCUCGAUCCUCAGCAGAAGUUGAAUUAUGGGACUGCAGUGGAGACCAAAAAUUUGAUGAGUGCUGGCCAGCUAUUAUGAAGGAUGCUAAUGGUGUAGUGAUUGUAUACAACCCAGAUGUUCCCACACAUGAGAGAGAACUGGACAUGUGGUACAGCCACUUUGUUGUACAGCAGGCUCUACGAGAAACCAACUGUCUCAUCAUGGGCCAUGUCAAGCCAUCUGCUAAAAAUUUAACUGUGCAAAUGCCAUCAUCAAUGUCCAAAGUACAGCAUGUGCAAACCAACCUGGAGGAAGAUGCUGAAGGGGUGAGGAGGGACUUCAACAGUUUUCUGGCCAAAUUACUGAGCAGCAUGAGUCGUAAACAGGAUCAAGAAGAGCUGAGUAUCAUACAGUAGUUUCUUAUACUAGCAGUAAUUUGUAAGGAUUUAUUGUGAUUUUAAUACUGUUUGUAUACACAUCGAUCAUGAUCCAAUAUUUCAGUUCAAUUGUCUUUUGAAGGGAAGGAAAAGACAGUGUUGUUGUGCUCGAACCUAUAAUUUGUCAUAUUAUGGUGAUUUACAUUUGAGGUGAAAACACUCACCCGUGUACAGUCAAGAUGCAUUGCGAUUUAUGUAAGCCGAAGGACUGUAAGAGCUGGUAUUUUUGAGGGUUUUAUUUCAAGACUAAUGGGUGAUUACUACUUAUUUGUUUUUGUAUGCAGUCCCACCCCAUUAGUAAUCUCAUAUUUUGAGAGUCCGAUACUUUUAGCUCAUCUGGCUUCACAUUAAAUGAUGUGAUUUAAAUUUGAGUUCCUUUUAGCUGCAUAAUAUGACAAUUAACACAAGACAUGUUUUCAAUAACUUUUUUGCUUUCACUCUGUACUGAACCUCCCUAAAGCCCCUUUGUCCUUAAAUAAUAUGAGUCAGUGAAGAAAACAGGUUAUUUAAUGAUAUUUCCCAUUGGUAAUUGAGAUGAACAAAUAGUUUCCACCAUGACUCGUUAUUGGAAAUCAUAAUCACAAGAUCCCUGACAUGAGAAUGUUCAAGCUUUUUAUUAAAGCCAUUAUACACUUUCGGUACAGAAAACGAAGCAAAAAGUUCACAGAUUUACAAAUAAUUUACAGUGU